ACUGAACGCAACUGUCAAUACUCUAUCUUAUCAAUGUCCAAUAUGACAUAAUUUAUAACACAUAUUUGUGAGGAUUUUAAUAUUAUUUACAGAACAAAACUCCUAAUGAUCUGGAUAACAUUCGUCUUAUAGCAACAUGGAAUAUAUGUAGACGUUUCUAAUAUGAAUUUUCAUAAGAGCUGUUACACAUCUCGCAGUGCUGGAUACAAAUAUCGGACGCUGUCAACGAACACCGGCGAGAGGAAACGGAGGCACAGCAAGGAAGAAUCCACGUUCGAUAGAAAAUUCAAAGAUUUAAAAAACGAAAUAUCUUCGAGGAUAUUAAACGAGGUUAUUAAAUCACAAGACGCGAGGAGAUCAAUACAGGAGAGAUUUGAUAAAGUCGAUGCCAAAAUCAAUUCGAUGGUUGACGUCCAGAAUUCUAUUAUUGAAAUGAGAAAAAACCUGCAGCUGGUGGAGAAUCAGCUGAUGGAAAUGACUGAAAAAGUGGACCUGAUGGAGAAACAAGUUGGAAUAAGUGAGAACUGCAGCCUGCAAUCUCGUAAGAGUUCUUAUUCUAAGACGCGACCAAUUUUCAAUACAAUCGUCGAGUCCAGUACAUUGACGAAUUGAAAUAUAUGCUCAAAUGAAAAUAUAAUAUUAAUUCACUCAUAACAAAUUUUAAUAAACACUUUGCCUAAUUA